UUUCUACAAAUACUCGAAUCGAGUUUUAGAAAGAAAUGGAAGCCUUCAAAAGCAUUACCAACCCCUUGAGUUCUUUAUGUUUUGUAUGCGUUCUACUUCUCUUUGCUAAUGCAGCUGCUGAGAAAACUCAUUAUCAUGAUUUUGUUAUUCAAGCAACACCAGUGAAGAGGCUGUGCAAAACCAGCAACGCCAUAACAGUGAAUGGGCAAUUCCCUGGACCGACAUUGGAAGUAAACAACGGGGAUACUUUAGUGGUUAAAGUUGUGAAUAGAGCUCGAUAUAAUGUCACCAUUCACUGGCAUGGGGUUAGGCAAAUCAGAACUGGAUGGGCAGACGGACCAGAAUUUAUCACUCAGUGCCCGAUUAGACCAGGAAAGAGUUACACUUACCGGUUCACCAUUCAAGGACAAGAAGGGACUCUUUGGUGGCACGCCCACAGCUCAUGGCUCAGGGCCACUGUUUAUGGAGCGUUAAUUAUCCACCCAAAAGAAGGAGAAAACUAUCCAUUUCCUAAGCCCAAAAGAGAAACACCAGUUCUACUCGGUGAGUGGUGGAAUACAAAUCCUAUUGACGUCGUAAGAAGAGCUACAAGAACAGGAGCAGCUCCUAAAGUAUCAGAUGCGUACACCAUCAAUGGUCAACCAGGUGACCUCUACAAGUGUUCCAAACAAGAUACCACCAUAGUCCCUAUGGAAUCUGGCGAAACUAACCUCCUUCGAGUUAUCAAUGCUGGAUUGAACCAACAGCUUUUCUUUACUGUGGCCAACCACAAGCUUACUGUUGUUGGAGCAGACGCCUCUUAUGUUAAGCCCUUCACAACAUCUGUUCUUAUGCUGGGACCAGGCCAGACAACUGAUGUCCUAAUCAGAGCUGACCAGACACCAGCCAGAUACUACAUGGCAGCACGUGCCUACGCAAGUGCUCAAGGUGCUCCCUUUGAUAAUACCACGACUACUGCCAUCCUCGAGUACAAGACAGCUUCUUGUUCUUCCAAUUGUGUCAAGACAAAUCCAGUUUUCCCAUCUCUACCAGCAUAUAAUGACACAAACACUGCUACAGCCUUCACAACCAAAUACAGGAGCCCAAGAAUGGUUGACGUGCCCACUGAAAUUGAUGAGAAUCUAUUCUUCACAGUCGGGCUAGGACUCAACAACUGCCCAAGAGGUGUAAGCUCUAGUAACUGUCAAGGUCCAAAUGGAACCCGAUUCGCUGCCAGUAUGAACAAUGUAUCUUUUGUGCUACCAUCCAAUUUUUCACUGCUACAAGCACAUCACCAAGGCAUACCUGGUGUCUUCUCAACUGAUUUUCCAGGUGUGCCACCUGUAAAUUUUGAUUAUACAGGCAAUGUGAGCCGGUCACUAUGGCAACCUAUUCGAGGAACUAAGUUGUACAAGCUGAAAUAUGGGGCAAGAGUGCAAGUUGUGUUACAGGGGACAAGCAUCUUCACAGCUGAGAAUCACCCAAUUCAUCUUCACGGAUAUGAUUUUUACAUUAUUGCAGAGGGUUUCGGUAACUUUAAUCCAAAAACAGAUACAGCUAAAUUCAACCUUGUUGAUCCACCUCUCAGAAAUACGGCCAGUUUACCUGUUAACGGAUGGACAGUCAUCAGAUUUGUGGCUGACAAUCCAGGAGUGUGGCUAAUGCACUGUCACUUGGACGUUCACAUUACCUGGGGUUUGGCCAUGGCGUUCCUCGUGGAAAAUGGAGUUAGUGAACUGGAAUCGUUGGAGACUCCUCCAGUAGAUUUUCCUAUCUGUUGACGACUGCAAGAAGCAACGUAAUACAAAAACUCAUAGGCCUACAGAUAUCAUUUCAAUAGAUUUAGGCAUUCAAUAUGAUGUUCCCUGCAUAUUUUCCUAGAAUUUCUUUGUUUUUUUUUUUUAUAUAUAACUGGAUCAAGAUGGUUCCAAAAGUUGUCAUUGAAUUCACUAUCUGUCGUAGAAUUAAGACAGCAUAUU